AUGACGCGUUCAUUAUUCCUUCGAAUCCAUGACACAAUUGUCGAACAUGACAAGUACUUCGUCCAAAAGAGGAAUGGUGCUGGACAGUCGGGACUAUCUAGCCUUCAAAAGAUUACUGCAGCUAUGCGGAUGCUCACAUAUGGAGCAUCCACUGACGUCAUUGACGACUACGUUCGGAUCGAUAAAAGUACAUCGCUUGAGAGCGUGAAGAGGUUCAUUCGAUCGAUUAUCAACAUCUUUGGGGGGAAUACAUUCGGUCACCGACUAAUAAAGACGUUGCACGCCUGCUUGAGGAAGGUUCACAAUGAGGUUUUCCUGGUAUGCUUGGGAGCAUCGACUGCAUGUACUGGACAUGGAAGAAUUGUCCAACCGCCUGUUAAGAAAGAGGGCCUAAAAGUGGUUGCGACGAGAGAUUUUUAUUCCCUCCGUUUUCCGCCCCCAGCCUCCCCAUUUUGCCCAAAAAACACAAAAAGUGAUCUUUGCAUACAGGAGGGAAGAGAAAAGGGAGAAAAGAUAAGGUUUAUAAUCACCGCCUCCUCUUUCUCCCGCCUCCUUCUCCUUCUCCCGCGCCAAAGAGGAACCCUCUCCCGCCUCCUACUCCUGCCUCCUCCUCGUUCUCCCGUGCCAAAGAGGAGGCCAUGGCAUCGAUCGGUUCUACAAUCCUCCUGCAGUUCGAAGAUAGCUCUAGCAACAGCAGCAGCAAUUGCUUCCGCAGCAGCAAGAGCAGAGGCAGAGGAAUCCUCAGUCAUUGCCUUAGAAGGUGUUGCUUGUGAAUGGUCUGGUGAUCGACGUGGUGCGUGUGGAAGAGGACGAAUCGAUUCGUCCUCGAAAUUGGCGGUGACCUCGUCUUCUAACUCAAAUUCGUCGUCUCUUCUGCCGUCGAUGCCGCCGACUCCUGCCGGCAACUUGGACCGGUUUAUUGUGUCCACAACGCCUGUGGUUCCGGUUCAAUACUGUCACAAGACGAGCGUGAGGAGGUGGAGGAGCUCGGAUAAUGGGGAAUCAUGUCCGUACUUCGAUCUCAAAGAUCUUUGGGAGUCGUUUAAGGAGUGGAGUGUGUAUGGAGCUGGAGUGCCUUUGAUUUUGAAUGGCAAUGGCGUCGCAAUAUAUUGUACAGUAGCUAGAAUAAGGAAAUGGCUGCAAGAAACUCCUGAAGCAUCAAGUAAUGACGAGCCUGUAGUCUUUGAUUCAUCAAUAAUACCCUGGUGGGCAUGGAUCAAAAUAUAUAAUCUUCCUGAAGCUGAACUACUCAAUGGUUGGCUUCUGCAUCUCAUCUUAUGUUGAUUCUUAUUGCAUAUGAUGUGUAAAAAUAAGAAAUGUGAGAAUAGGGGGAAAAAGACUAUUAUUUCAUUUAAUGGUUAAUUGCACAGGUUGGAUCAAUACUAUGAUGAUGGUCUCUUUUGUUUUAGUUUUGAUCGCAGCCUGGUCUCAGCCUUGGUCACAACCUUGGUUUGGUUUGCGACUUGGAUGGCUUUUGUA